AGUUUUGGCUCAUCCACCUCAAGUACUAGUAUCCACAUCGCCCUCGACGUCCCCAAACUCACGACAUAAUCGCCCUUUCCAAUGGCCACCUCAGAACUCGCUGCGACUUACGCCGCACUUAUCCUCGCCGAUGAGGGUAUCGAAAUCACCGCUGACAAAAUAAUCGCCUUGACUGACGCCGCAUCGGUCGAGCUUGAGCCAAUCUGGGCAUCUCUCCUCGCAAAGGCCCUGGAAGGGAAGAACGUAAAGGAUCUGCUAUCAAACGUCGGCGCUGGUGGAGGUGCACCGGCCGUCGGCGCACCCGUUGCUGCUGCCGCUGGUGGUGCCGCUGCCGCUGAGGCACCAAAAGAAGAGGAAAAGAAGGAGGAAGCAAAAGAGGAGUCGGACGACGACAUGGGCUUCGGGUUGUUCGACUAGUCUGCAGUUGUCUUUUAUUAUGUUAUUCAUCUACUACAUACACAGCAUGGGUUCGCUCUCUACAUCCUGCGAUGUAUUUUUGAAACUGAGGACUUCGUGUCGUGUUUUCUGAAUCGCCGAGUUUACGGUUCGAACUGAACCAAUUUCGCCGGUUGUCUGUGAACCUGCGUCUUUCAGGAAUAAUCCAGAACGUCGAAUGCAAGUCGAACGCGAACUUGAACUGGUUGAAUAUUCUGAUUCAAUAUUAUGGUUUAUAUCUAAUUCCGACACUGAUAAUCUGAUUGAUUUGCCA